UGCAUUUAAUGCGAGCACAACAACAAUCAUGAAACUUAUUGCCUGGCUUCCCCUUCUCGUGGGCUUCAUUGCAAUUGGUCAAUCCAAUGCCGCUGCUGGAACCUCUCAUCUGCUUUGCUACUAUGAUGGUGCCAGCUUUAUCAGGGAAGGCCUUUCCAAGUUAGCGUUGAAUGAUUUGGAGCCCGCACUGCAGUUCUGCACACAUUUGAUCUAUGGUUAUGCUGGAAUUGAUCCAGUCAACAACAAACUAAUCAGCACCAAUGUAAAUCUCGAUUUGGAUCUCGGUAGCGGACUGUUCCGAUCUGUAACGGGCCUAAAGAAAAAAUAUCCCGCAUUGAAGAUCAUUUUAAGUGUUGGCGGCGAUAAGGAUUCUACGGAAGAGAAUAACGCCAAGUACCUGACUCUGCUAGAGAGCAGUAAUGCGCGCAUUCCGUUCAUUAAUAGUGCCCAUUCGCUGAUCAAGACUUAUGGUUUUGAUGGACUUGAUCUGGCAUGGCAAUUCCCUAAGAACAAGCCAAAGAAGGUGCACAGUGGCAUUGGUUCAUUCUGGAAGGGCUUCAAAAAGAUCUUCACUGGCGAUCAUAUAGUUGAUGAGAAGGCCGAAGAGCACAAGGAGGAGUUUACCGCCCUGGUGCGUGAAUUGAAAAACGCUUUUCGUCCGGAUGGGUACCUGUUGGGACUAAGUGUCUUGCCCAAUGUCAACUCCUCACUGUUUUAUGAUGUGCCCGCUUUGAUCAACAAUCUGGACUAUGUUAACUUGCAUGCAUACGAUUUCCAGACGCCCGUGCGAAAUCCGGAGGUGGCCGACUUUCCGGCGCCUCUCUAUGAGCCGAACGAGCGGAAUCCCGAGGCCAAUAUUAAUUACCAAGUGCAGUACUGGCUAAAUAAUCAUGCACCUUCCUCCAAGAUCAACGUAGGCAUCGCCAGCUAUGGACGCGUCUGGAAAUUAACUAAGGACUCAGGUCUAACUGGCUUGCCACCAGUAUCAGAUGCAGACAACGUUGGACCCGCUGGCCUGCAGACUCAAACUGCUGGAUUCUACAGCUGGCCAGAGGUGUGCGCUAAGCUACCCAACCAAGCUAACCAACAUCUGAAGGGUGCUGAUGGACCAUUGCGUAAGGUCGGCGAUCCCACUAAACGCUUUGGCAGUUACGCUUACCGCUCGGCCGACGACAAGGGUGAGAACGGUCUCUGGGUGGGCUACGAAGAUCCCGACACUGCAGCCAUUAAGGCCACCUAUGUAAAAAGCAAGGGUCUAGGUGGCGUAGCCCUCGUCGACCUAAGCUAUGAUGAUUUCCGCGGCAGCUGCACUGGUAAUGAAAAGUAUCCCAUUCUGCGCGCCAUCAAGUAUAAGUUGUAGGUGAGCACAGCAUAUCAAUGUUGAUAUAAGCCUUACUUUUCAAUUAUGCUUAUAUAUGUUUUCAUUAUGGGUAUUUCCGAAUAAACUGUUUCCAUUCAAACGACAAA